AAAUGAUCUCAUCCUCAUGUGAGCCAGAAUAAAUAUUGUAGAAAACUCUGAUAAUAAUAUGCGUUGUCAUUUAUUCAAAACCCUUCGGGCAGUUCGUGUUUCUUUUUAAAUAAUCUGUUCAUUUUCAUAAUAAUGGUUAAGAUUGACAUUCUAGUUCAAGACGGAAAGCUGACCAGUAUCAUAACGAUUAUAAGAACCUCCCAUUCUAUUAUAAGAUAGGAACAACUAUCGCACAAAUGAUCGACCCAGGUUAUAUGGAUUCAAUGCCAAAUAUUCUGUACCAUGCAGGGAUUCGCAUCGUAAAUGAUGCUGAUAUCGUGUAUGAAUAUACUGAAGGUGGCAUUGAAGCAAAAACAAUGGGACAGGAAAUUAUUGAUAAAGGCUACCAUUUGCUGGAAAAUUACUCUUACACCGUUUCACAAGAAAUUGUUAACAAUUAUAUUGAAUGGAUGACUUCGCCCAAUGUCCAAGCGAAAUAUUCCAGAGAAACUUAUGACAAAGCUUUAAACAACUGUAUUCAUUUCCUGAAAGACUCAUGCCCAAUACUUCGCAUGCAAUUUCCCGAUUGUCUUCAGGAAUUUCUGGAUUGGUUAGGAAAACAUCCGAAGCUGGUAAGAUUUACGGGAGUCCGGAGUGGAGGAUCGGUUUCGUCCUCAUCGUCCGCUGCAGAAGCUAAAUAAUUAAUAAAAUUAGCAAAUAAUUAGCAAAUAAUUUUGGUGAGUACCAAUACAAAAUUUGACCUUUAAACAACAGUUGAUUGAUUUUUUUUUCACGAUAUCCUCAUAACUUUUCGUAAUUUUUAAUGAUCUAAUAAAUCAUUCGUAUUAAACUUGGCAUUUAAAUAAGAAUUUAAAUUUCUGUAAAAUUUA